GGCUACCGACGCGCGGUAUACCUGUGGUAAUUAUAUCGGUGUCACAUGACUAAACAAGUUUGUACAAGUCAGAAAGUCAGAGUUUGUAAUGGCCGACAGCUUGAAAACCGCUAGAAAGCUACAUUGUAGAAGGAGCUGCCAGGUUCCGGAAGUUAAUAAGUGUGUUAUUCAAGCAUCGGAAUAAAUCGUUGUGUUUAUAAUCGGUUGUCGUCGUGGUUUAUGAGCCCCAUCGCCUCGCGGGCCUGCGCGAGGAGGUGACAGUUUUCAAGCUAUAGAGUCAAGUUGUCAAGCUAGUCUGAGGAUUUGGAGCUAGUUCGACGAGAAGGAAGUAUUUACGGUGAUACAGAAGGAUUUGUGGCGUGAUUGUGGCCAUAACAAGAGUGAAUAUUGGAUUUUAUUGUGUGAACGUUUCGGUUACGAGUGGAGCGAAUACGGAUUUCGCAAUGUCAGCUCGGUCUUGUCCUGCAGGUUUAGGAGCUCGAUCGAGGAGGUAUAAUACUCGAAGAAAUCGAGGAGAAGACAUGGAAGAGAGGAUUGUCAGUUUAAAGCGUUCGAGGUCGGGUUGCCUCGGCAGUUUGAGAAGGUUUCGAAAGGAAAUCGAAGAAUUGAUGUACAAGGGAAACAAGAAUGAAGUUAGCCGCAAACUUCAGUCUUACCACAACACGUGGGUGAAAUUCGUGCGUGUUCACUCCGAUCUUAUGGACUUAAUGGAUGAAGGGGAAGAGAAAAUGGAGGCCCAAAGAGUUUAUGACAUGGAACUCACGCUGAAACUCGAACUUUACUCUGCUGUUGACGAACAGGAUAUGCAGGAUAUUGAAAGUGGAUCUCAGGUUUCUGAGAGACACACGAAGUCAAGGGUGAGUGAUAGAGAAAGCAGAUCACAUGUUUCUAGUAGACAUAGUUCAAGAUAUUCAAGAUCAAGUGUUAAGAGUGUUGCUGCCUUAGAGGAGAGAGCAGCAUUGAGUAAAUUAGAUCUGGGACAUUUACGGAAAAAACAGCAGCUCAAUAGAAAAUUUGAUGAGUUAAAAUAUGCUCAUGAACUUUUGGAAGCUGAAGUAAAAUGUGAAAAGGCUCAAACAAGCUACAUGAUUUAUAAGAAGGAAAGGGAAGACUUGAAUGUGGAUCAGAGUAAUAAGUCUGCUGUGUCAGAGGAUGUAUGUGAUGUUUUCAAGGCUCAAUCUGAAAACAAAAUUGAGCAGCAUGCACCUAUUGGAAAUGUGAGUACAAACCCUACUGUGAAAUUAACAGAGGAAAUUGUUGUUAAUAAGGAGCUAAUGGUGGAGCCUUGUAUUGGAAAUAAUAACAAUGUAUCGUCUAGUGCUGGAUUAAAGGAAUCCUGUGUGUCUGUUUGUUUAUCAUCGGAGUUAAGUGUUGACAAGAGUCAUGAGAGUGAAGGGGUGAAUCGGGAGAUUAGUAGCCAUGUGCGGGGUGGUGAAGAAACUUUGCUGAACAAUGGAACAAAGGAAGCCCAAGCUGGGUUGAAUUUACCUGGCUCACAACCAUCAACUAACAGCAACAAUGGAUUAUUUGAUAGUGGAGAACAUGUGGCUAGAGUACUGUCUCAGGCAAUGAGUACCCCAAGGAUUGAAUACAUGCACUUUGACGGUAAUCCCAUAAACUAUGUUUCAUUUAUGCAUAACUUUGAGACAUGCCUCGAGAGCCUAACUAGUGAUAAUUCUAGGAAAUUACAGUACUUAAUACAACAUUGCACAGGCAAGGCAAGGGAUGCAAUUGAAAGUUGUGUGAACUUGCCUACUUCGGAGGGCUAUAAUACAGCAAAGAACACCUUGAAGGAGAAUUUUGGACUUCCGCACAUUAUUGCUAAGGCACACCUGAAAAGGUUACAAGACCUCCCGCCAUUGCGGAACGGUGGAGGGCCAGCUUUACUGGAAUUUUCUAGACACCUUGAAGUAGCUCACCGCACAUUGUCAGGCAUGGGAAGCGAUUAUGUUAGUGAAUUAAAUUACACAAGUACUCUUAGAGAACUAAACAACAAGCUACCAUAUUUCAUGAAGGGAAAAUGGACCGAACGUGCGGGCAGGAUUAUUGAAUCAGGGUCAAGGCCUAAUUUUUCGGAUUUCUUGAAGUUUAUCAAGGAAAGAGCCAAACUUGUGAACAAUGAGUUUGGGGAAGAUCUUGUGUCUGCCAGCUCUCAGAGGGGUAAGAAAAGGAAUGACAGUGAUAAGAAACAAACCCCUAGGUCAAGCAUGGCAACUGGAGUGACCCCACCCCAGAAUAGUGAACAGAGACAACAGAGGGGACAGGGGAAUGCAAGCUGGAAGUGUGUGAUUUGUUCUGGACCUCAUGGAUUAUGGAAGUGUGCACAGUUUAAGGAACUGAACAGUGAAGAGAGAAACAAAUUAGUCUUGUCUAAUAGAUUAUGUUUUAAGUGUUUAAGUGGAGGGCAUUUUAGGGACACAUGUCCUAAGACAACCUUUAAGUGCCAAGUGAAAGGUUGUGGUAAAGAACACCAUACUUUACUACAUUUUUCGGUACAAGAAAGAAAGGAUAAUACGGUUGACAACAAGAUUGACAAGUCACCCGGACAAGCUAGACCUAACGCAUCGGCACCAGAAACAACAGGUGUUAAUGCGGGUAGUACAAGUGUAGCCUCAGUUUCUGUCGCAACUGGGGCCGGUGAGCGCAGAGUGUGCCUGGGUGUCAUUCCGGUCAAGGUCAAGGUGAAAGGAGAUGACAGGGUAUUGGAGACUUAUGCAUUGCUAGAUAGUGGCAGUGAAGUGUCAUUGUGUAAGGAACAAUUGUUUACUGACCUUGGAUGUGAUGGCAUUGCCAUGAACUUUGAACUAGCUGGUGUAACGGGAACGAGGAAACUCAAAGGUCACAUGGUUGAUCUCGUAGUAAUGUCACAAGAUGGAAUGGUAGAAAGUGAGUUGUUAAAUGUCAGGACAGUGAAGGAAAUUCCUGUAUCUUCUAGUUGUAUACCAAGGAGGGAAGAUGUUGAACAAUUUACUCAUUUGAGGAGCAUUAACUUGCAAGAAUGCGGUGCGUCAGAAGUUGGACUCAUUAUUGGACUUAAGGAAAAUCCAUUGCUGUUUGUACCACUAGAAUACAAGGCUGGUAACGAUGGAGAACCGGUCGGUGUGAGAUAUUCUCUUGGAUGGACGGUGAUGGGUCCCAUGUGCGGAAAAAGGGACAGUGACCAGUGCUCGGUUAACCUUAUUAAUGUAGCGAAUAAGCAAUUUCCUGAAGAACUUUAUAAUGAGGAAUCAUGUCUUGUAGCACAUACCCACCCGGAAGAUACCAAGCUUGCUGAGCAUGAUGGUACAGGUGCACCACAGCAUUGUUCGUUUAAGGACAAUGUCUCUAGAACUGCUAAGCUCAAGACUGCGGAUUUAGAAAUAGAGAAGGAGAUUGAUAAAGAGGUAUUGCAGCAACAAUUAGAAAGACUCUGGCAAACUGACUUUGCGGAUUCAGUUGUCAGUUCAAACGUCUGUCCUUCUAUUGAAAAUAAGCGUGCACUAGAGAUAAUGGAAGAUACACUAGAGAUAGUCGACGGGCACUAUCAGGUAGCACUUCCUUGGAGGAGAGACCCGCCCUAUUUACCAUAUAACAAGAUUAUGGCGGAAAGAAGGUGCGGUCUUCUGAAGAAGAGAUUUCUUAGAGACGGUGUUCUGUUUGAUAAGUAUAAGGAGACAAUGAAUGAUUACAUCGAGCGAGGUCAUGCAGAGAAGGUACCGGCUGAAGAGUUGGCGCGAAGUGAUGGGCGGUUGUGGUACUUAAGCCACCACCCAGUGACACACCCAUUGAAGAAGGAUAAAGUGCGAAUUGUUUUUGACUGUGCAGCAAAGUAUGGAGGAACUUCGUUAAAUGAACAAUUGUUACAAGGACCGGACUUGACAAACAAUCUUGUUGCAGUAUUAAGUCGUUUUCGGGAGGAGAAGAUCGGAUUAGUCGCAGAUGUGGAGUCAAUGUUUCAUCAGGUACGGGUGAAUCCAAAGGACUGUGAUGCAUUAAGGUUUUUAUGGUGGCCCAACUCUGAUUUAUCUGGAGAGUUGGAGGAGUACAGGAUGGUGAAACACUUGUUCGGUGCGACAUCGUCACCAAGUGUAGUGAACUAUUGUUUGAAGAAGACAAUAGAACUUAAGGAUAACACCAACCCGGAAGUGUCUGACGCAAUAGUUAGAAGUAUGUAUGUGGAUGAUCUAAUGAAGUCUACGGAUACGACUGAGAAUGCAGUUAAACUUGUAAGUGAUAUCAGAGAAGUGUUGGACAAGGGAGGGUUCAACUUGACCAAGUGGUGCAGUAACGACAAGGAUGUGAUUGCAUCGGUACCAGAGAAGCAUCGAGCCAAGUCAAUGUUGAACGAGCUAGAGCGGCCGACGACUUCGACACUCGGUUUGAAGUGGAAUGUGGAAGAUGAUCAAUUUGUAUGGGAUGUUGCGGACAGCAACAGACGUGCAAAGGAGAAACCUGCAACCAAGCGGAGUGUAUUAUCAAUUGUCUACUCUCUGUUUGAUCCUCUUGGAUUUAUUGCACCCUAUACCAUGAAAGGAAAGCUGCUUCUACAAGUGUUGACCAGAAAGCAAGUUGGAUGGGAUGAUCCCAUGAACCCAGAUGAUUCUGCCCAGUGGAUGCGGUGGGUGGAAGAUCUUCCCAAGCUAGAAGAGGUGAAGGUUGAUCGAUGUUUUAAGCCGAAAGAUUUCAAGGAACUCAAAGACGCUCAACUACAUGUGUUCUCGGAUGCAUCAAGGCAAGGUUAUUCAGCGGUGGCUUACUUACGACUAGAAGAUGGGGAAGGCACGACUAGCUCCCCUGCGAGAGAUCUCUAUUCCAAGACUAGAACUAACCGCUGCUGUUAUUUCGGUAAAGUUGAGUAA